AUGACGCUCUCAGGACGGCGCCUCCAUCCCAUGGCCCUCACGAUGAGGCGUGCCAUCUGGCCGCUCCUGGUAGUGGCCCAACUAGUGUCGGUGCUCGAUGGUGCUCACGUUCCGGGCCCGGGCCCGGGACUUACGGUCUUCCCACGUCGCCGCUCUUCCUCGGACGGUUACUCUUCGCAAAUGCAAUCGCGCGCGGUGGACACUCGCAUCCAGCUAGAAGUGCUGGAGGGUGAUCCUCGUGGUACGGUGGUGGGCUACAUUCCCACGAAGCCCGGCUUCACGUAUCGCUUCAAUGAGCCACCGCGGGAAUUCACGCUAGACCCCAACACGGGGGAGAUCAAGACGAAUGCCAUCCUCGAUCGCGAGGGACUGCGAGAUCGAUACGACUUGGUUGUGCUCUCCAGUCAACCCACGUAUCCCAUCGAGGUGAGGAUCACUGUGAUGGAUAUCAACGAUAAUGCCCCGGAAUUCCCAGAGCCCAGCAUCGCGGUGUCGUUCUCAGAGAGUGCAGCUCCGGGCACCAGGCUCCUGCUGGACGCCGCCACGGAUAGUGAUGUGGGCAUAAACAGUGUCACGGAUGACUACAGGAUCGUGGAUGGGAAUCACGAUGAUAAAUUCCGCUUGGCGGUGACUUCAAACCCCAGUGGAGACGUGUCCUAUCUACACCUGGAGACCACGGGCAAGCUGGACAGGGAAACCCGCGGCUUCUACCAGCUGAACGUGUCCGCGAGGGAUGGUGGCACCCCACCCAAGCAUGGCUACCUCCAGGUCAACGUCACCAUUUUGGAUGUGAACGACAACCCGCCAAUUUUCGAUCACAGCGACUACAUCGUGUCGCUGAACGAGAGUGUUCCACCUGGCACACCAGUUCUGCAGGUGAUGGCAUCCGACUCGGAUUUGGGCGACAACAGCAAAAUUACAUAUUACCUCGCCGAGACGGAGACACAAUUCACGGUGGACCCGGAAACGGGUGUCAUAUCCACCACUGAGCAAUUGUCAUGCCCCCAGCAAAACUGCCCAACACUGUCCCGGCCGAGCUCAUGUCCCAAGAGUUGCGUGUUCACCGUGUUUGCGCGCGAUCAUGGCUCGCCGCGCCAGGAUGGUCGUACCUACGUCACGGUCAACCUGGUGGACACUAACGAUCAUGAUCCCGUGAUAAGAUUCCAGUACUUCCCGCCUACGGGCACCUUUGCCACUGUGGAUGAGAACGCCGCGAAUGCAUCUGUAGUGGCCGCAGUAUCUGUGGUGGACAUGGACGAGGGGCUUAAUGGGGAAACAAGCAUUAGGAUCAUCUCUGGCAAUGAAUUGCAGCAUUUUCGCCUGGAUAAGACGCCUAGCUUUGAUAUUGUAAGGGUGAAUGGUGUGCUGGAUCGCGAGGAGAUCGGAAAAUAUAACUUGACUGUUGUGGCCACUGAUCGUGGCACACCAGCACGAACGGCAACCGCUUAUCUUAUCAUUCACGUGAAUGAUGUAAACGAUCACGAGCCUGUGUUUGAAAAAUCCGAGUAUUCAGCUGUGCUCAGCGAAUUGGCUCCGCCAGGAACUUAUGUAGCCAGCAUCACGGCCACAGAUGAGGACACUGGCGUGAAUGCCCAAAUUUUCUAUGACUUCGUCUCGGGCAAUAACAAGCAGUGGUUUAUCAUUGAUACAGUAUCUGGCUUGAUCACCACUCAAGCGGCACUUGAUCGUGAAGUACAGGGCACGGUUGAGCUGAGCAUUUCCGCGCGUGAUGGUGGACCCAAUCCGAAGUGGGCCUAUACUCAGCUCAAAGUCACAAUUCUCGAUGAGAACGACGAGGCACCCCAAUUCUCCCAACAGCAGAUAAACGUGAGCCUAAGCGAAAAUACUCCACCACAUACUCUCGUAGCCAUGUUAGCGGCUUCUGAUCACGAUCAGGGCACUAAUGGCAGUGUCACGUACUCUCUCCAUCCCAACGUUCAACAGAGAUACCCCGAUGUUUUCGCCCUGGAUGCGCUGACUGGACAAUUGACCACAAAAGUGAAGCUCGACAGAGAAACGAUCUCCGAAUACGAAGUGUACGUGAUCGCGCGUGAUCAAGGCAUUCCUCCACAAACUUCAACAGCAACUGUAGUGCUGCACGUGCAGGACGUGAAUGACAAUAGUCCCGAGUUCUAUCCCAAACACUACUUCGUAUCGGUGCCGGAGAACACAGCUAUUGGGGCUUCUGUGUUGAAAGUCACCGCCACGGAUCGCGACGAUGGAGACAAUGCGAUUGUCACGUAUAAUCUCGAGAGUGGUGGCGAUGGACUUUUCGUGGUGGACAAUUGGACUGGUGUUGUGAGUCUCAGGGGGAGUCUUCGCACCUCCCAAAAGCCUUUGCAUAAGCUGGUAAUCUCCUCAAAAGAUCGCGGUGAUCGCCGAUCUGAUAGUGAUGCCAUUGUGGAAAUCAUCAAGGAAUCUAAGUUGGAAGAGCUCGAGUUCGACUCAUAUGGCGGUUAUGAAUUUCAAAUUUACGAGGAUCACGGCAAUGAGAAGGGAAAUAUUGGCCGUGAAGUGGGUCGCGUGCAAGUCCGCACGACGACCACGCCCAUUGAGUACUCAAUAGUUUUCGGUGACCCCACGGGGAACUUCAAGAUCCACGAGAGGUCCGGUGUCAUCAGCACCGCCACAAAAAUUGACCGGGAAGUCACGAUCGUGUACUCACUGACCGUCGUGGCGAGGAGUGGCCUGGCCUAUGGCAAGACAACUGUGAACAUCUCAAUUCUCGAUCUAAAUGACAAUGAACCGAUCUUCUCGAGGGAUCGUGAUGAGAUUCGGCUAGCGGAGAAUGCAGCUGUUGGGCAGGAGGUGUAUCUUUCACGUGCCCGCGAUCGUGACUCGGGCAUAAACAGUCGAGUGACUUACAGCUUAUCGUACAAUCCUGAGGAUCAGUUCCGCAUCUCUGAAGCCACUGGUGUGCUUUACCUUAAUCGGCCGAUCAGAGCGGAACCAGGAUCUGUGCUGCACAUUGAAGUGACCGCUAUGGAUGGUGGAGAUCCUCCACUGUUUUCAAGGAACACUGUUAUGAUCACAAUUGAGGAUGUUAAUGAUCACACACCAGUUUUUGAUCACACUUCCUACGAAACAUCCUUGUUUGAAUCUAUGCCUGUGAAUGCGAGAUUUUUCGCUCUAGCCGCUUCAGAUGCUGAUCUCGGGGCCAAUGGAAGGAUUUCUUAUGCGAUAAUUGAGGGAAAUAGUGAGGGAAAAUUCGGCAUCUUCCCAGAUGGAUAUCUCUACGUGAAGCACCCAUUGGAUCGUGAAAAGCGCGAUUAUUACUCACUAACAGUGGCGUGUAGUGAUCACGGCAGCCCGUCUAGAAGUUCAGUAGUCCCUGUGAUUAUCCACGUGAUUGAUGAGAAUGAUAACAGUCCUCAAUUCACAAAUUCCACCUUCACCUUUCAUAUUCCUGAGAAUGAGCCCGCGGACUCAUUCGUGGGGAAAUUGACUGCCAUCGAUCGUGAUAUUGGGAGAAAUGCAGAGUUAAUUUACACCCUAUCCAAUACUCAAAAUGAUUUUGUGGUGGAUCCUCGCAAUGGCUUCAUAAAAACCAUCCAUGAGUUUGAUCGUGAGGCACUCGUGCAGAAUACAGGACACAAUCUAAUUACUUUGGAGGCAACAGUGAGUGAUAAUGGUGUUGUGCGUCUCAAAGAUAAGGUGAAAGUGAAGAUCUUCAUCACGGAUGUGAAUGACAAUGCUCCUCAAUUUGUUAGGGCGCCGUACAAAGUGCAGAUCUCUGAGGGUUCUCAGGUGGGGACUCAAGUGAUCAGAGUGUACACCACUGAUUAUGACGAGGGGUUGAAUGGGGAUGUGUUUUACUACAUUUCUGAUGGAAAUAAUGACGGUCACUUUGCUAUUGAUGAUGCCACGGGACAGGUAACAGUGGCCAGGAAAUUGGAUCGCGAAACUACAGUGACAUACAAAUUGACAAUCGUAGCUCACGAUGCAGCAGUUCACGGGCGCUUGAGCACAUCUACAACAAUCACUGUGGACGUGUUGGAUGAGAAUGACGAUGCCCCGAGAUUUGUCCAGCCGGAGGCUUAUAGUCAGAUCUCAAUAAAUGAGACGACGCCUGUGGGAAGGGAAUUGAUGCGAUUUAAAGCCAUUGACGGUGAUCUUGGAGUGAACAGUCAAAUCACCUUCUCCAUCACGGCAGGAAAUCGCAGAGACACUUUCCACAUCGAUCCUGUGAGUGGAUUGCUAUUUCUGCACAAACCCUUGGAUUAUGAGGAUACGAAUUCUUAUGUUUUGAACAUAACGGCAGCUGAUGGAGGAAAUCCAAGGCUGUCCACAACGAUUCUUUUCACUGUUAAUGUGAUUGACUCGAACGACAAUCCACCUUCGUUUCCCAACACUGCGAUUGUGAGGCAAAUUCGUGAAGGGAUUCCCAUAAAUACUCCUAUUGUGACGAUCACAGCUGAGGAUCCGGACUCUGGAGCUAAUGGAAAAGUCACAUAUGCGAUUUCGAAUCAGGAUCCCGAGAAUGGGCAGAGGCACUUUGGAAUCAAUGCCAAUACGGGUGUGAUUCAUACGCUGCGGGCCAUUGAUAGGGAGACGAUCGACACGUUUAGAUUGACUGUGGUGGCGACGGAUCAGGCAGAAGGUCAGCGGCUAUCAGCGGAGAAAUUGGUGACGGUGAUAGUGGAAGAUGUGAAUGACAAUGCUCCCGUGUUUGUGUCAAUGAAUGCCGCGGUACUGCCGCUGAAAGACAUCCGAGUGUCACCUGGACGUGAUGGUGCCGUGAUAAUGCACGUGAAUGCCCGCGAUGCUGACUCAAGUACAAAUGGACUUGUCACGUAUGAGAUGGUGAGCGGAAAUACGGAGCUAUUCAAAUUGCAUAGGAGUACAGGUGCCAUUUCGCUGCGGAAGCAGAUCACAAGUCCAGAGACGCGAUAUCAAUUGGCCGUGAAGGCGACAGAUGAAGCUGUGCAGAGUGAGCGCAAGAGCAGCGAUGCCUAUGUGACAAUAAUCGCGAGUGGUGGCAUGAACAAUGGGCCAGUGUUUGACAAUCGGGACUUUUUCGGUAGUGUCUUUGAGAAUGAACCGGCGGGUACGAGUAUUCUCACUGUUGUGGCGCGCCUCGACUCAUCUGUGUCCAGUGAAAUUGAAUACUAUGUGACUAAUGUGACUGGGGAUGGCAGACAAAUGGAUCGUUUGUUUGACAUCGACACCAAACUCGGAAUACUUUCCACGGCCGCUGAACUUGAUCGUGAAUCAGGGGUGGAUACGUACGUUGUGGAGGUUUACGCCAUCAGCAUCGGUGGCAUGCCGAGAACGUCCAGCACAAAGGUUCGUCUCCAAGUGCUGGACAAAAAUGACAGUCCACCCACAUUUCGGGAUCUACCAUUGACCUUCUCUGUAUCCGAGGACCUCGGAGCCGGACAGGCUGUUGCCACACUGAGGGCAACAGAUCCAGACACAAUUGGCACCCUCUCGUAUGCUCUCAUCUCUGGGGACGACGACAAGUUCUCCUUGGAAACUGACACGGGUAUCCUAAAGCUCAGGGACUCCCUCGAUAGGGAAAUCAAGGAUGUGUACAAGCUCAUAGUGAGAGUGACUGAUGGGGUGCAGUACACCGAAACUACUAUUACAAUUCAGGUGACGGACACCAAUGAUAAUCCGCCCAUCUUCGAAGAGCCCGCGUACUCCUUUGACAUCCCAGAGAAUGCGCCGCGUGGCUACCAAGUGGGCAUCAUUUCAGCCACGGAUCCCGACUUGGGUGCCAAUUCGGUGUUGUCCUACACCGUGAUCUCCGACUGGGCGAACGAUGUCUUCUCGCUCAACCCCCAAACGGGAGUCUUCACACUCACAGCCCGAUUGGAUUACGAAGAGGUACAACACUACAUUUUGGUGGUUCAGGCGCAAGAUAACGGUCAUCCCAGCCUCUCAACAACACUCACCGUCUACUGCAAUGUGCUGGACCUCAACGAUAAUGCCCCAAUCUUCGAUCCGAUGAGCUACUCCAAUGAUAUCUACGAGAAUGUGUCCAUUGCAACACCUGUGGUUGUCGUCAGUGCCACAGAUAUUGACUCAGGAGACAAUGGGAGGAUCGAGUAUAGUAUAACAGCUGGAGAUGACAAUAGUGACUUCGAAAUAACACCCAGUGGCACCAUCAGGACGAGACGAAUGCUGGAUCGCGAGACAAAGGCCGCAUACAGCCUCGUGGUGACCGCACGGGAUUGUGCCGAGGAGCAACAGAAGAGACUCUCAUCGACCGUUCAGGUUACAGUGACGCUGAAGGAUGUGAAUGACGUUGCACCAACAUUCAUCACGGCAAAUGAAACGAGCGUGGCGGAAAACAUCCCCAUGAACACCGUCGUGAUGGCCAUCAAGGCGACAGAUCGCGAUGAGGGUCGCAAUGGGUAUAUUGAGUACCUUCUGGCACCUGAGCCGGCGGUGCCCUUCACGCUAGGCACGGUUGAUGGUCUCCUGAGGGUGUCUGGUCGCUUGGACAGGGAGAUCCGAUCGAACUACAAUCUCAUGGUAACAGCGCGAGAUCGCGGAGAACCUCCAAAGACAACCCAGACAAACAUAUCUGUAAAGAUCCUGGAUGAGAAUGACAACAGUCCAGUUUUCGAUCCUAAGCAAUACAGUGCUUCCAUUGCUGAAAACGCCAGCAUAGGUGCCAUGGUACUUCAGGUCUCAGCCACGGACAUCGAUGACGGGGCGAAUGGUCGGGUGAGAUUUUCAAUCUCUGGCGGAGAUGACAAUCGCGAUUUCAGCAUCAGCGAGGACUCGGGUGUGGUGAGAGUGGCCAAGAAUCUCAACUUUGAGCGCAAGUCACGGUACGUCCUCACCGUUCGUGCUGAAGACUGUGCCAGUGAUGUGGGCAGUGGCGAGACGAGAUUCGACACAGCCGAGCUCACCAUCACCAUUACCGACAUCAAUGACAAUCCACCCACCUUCCUGGACAGCCCGUACCUGGCCUACGUCAUGGAGAACGUCAUCCCGCCAAAUGGAGGCUAUGUGAUAACCGUGAGAGCCUACGACGCCGACACGCCGCCCUUCAAUUCGCAGGUGCGAUACUUUCUCAAAGAGGGCGACGCCGAUCUCUUUCGCAUCAACGCCAGCACCGGCGAAAUUUCACUCCUGCGCGCUCUGGAUAGGGAGUCUCAGGCCGAAUACACCCUCACGCUGGUGGCAAUGGAUACCGGAUCUCCCCCACUCACCGGCACGGGAACUGUGCGAGUGAUUGUCCAGGAUAUGAAUGAUCAUAGUCCAGAGUUUGCGAGACAAUCCUACCGAACCACAGUCAUGGAGAAUCAACCGUCGGGUACAAAAGUUCUGCAGCCUAAGGCAACGGACAGAGAUGCUGGACUCAACGGAAAGAUCCGAUUCAGCUUGCUGGGCGAGAAGGUGGAGAGAUUUCACGUGAAUCAAGCGACUGGCGAGAUCACCACUGCCCAAAUCCUCGAUCGCGAAGACACAUCCAUUUAUCACUUAACCCUUAUGGCGCAGGACAGCUCAGCAACGGAGCCCAGGGCCACGGCGGUGAAUCUCACAGUCGCCGUGGCUGAUGUUAAUGACAACACCCCCAUGUUCGAGUCACCUUCUUUCAAUGUCAACGUGCCGGAUCGCAUUAAGGCGCAGCAAUUUGUCUUCGGCGCCCGCGCUGUUGACUUGGAUGAGGGCGCCAAUAGCAGGAUAGUGUACUCUAUCAACGGCAAAGAUAUGGAUAAGUUUGUCAUUAACGCCAACACUGGCGUUAUCAAAACAUUCGAGGAGCUUUCACUGAAUGGCCAGGGCAUCGAUAAAGUGUAUAGUUUGAUUGUGAAGGCGGAAGAUCAGGGGGCUGAACCCAGAUUCGCCACCUCAGAACUCACAAUCCUCCUGAAACCAGCACAUCUCUUCCCCACAUUUUCCUACAUGGCGGAGACGCAAUUCGUAAUGCCUGAGGAUGUGGCUGAGGGAAAGAUGAUCACGAAGAUAUCAGCGACUUCGCCGAAGAAGGGUCCAGCAGGAAGUAUCAAGUAUGCCAUUGCUGGUGGAAAUACAAAGGAUGCUCUCAAGAUUGAUCCCAGCACGGGAGAAGUGACCGUCGGCAAGGGAGGACUUGACUAUGAAACACUGCAGCAGUACGAAGUGUGGAUAGAGGCUGCGGAUUCCGACAGACCAUCGUUGAGAAGCGUUAUCCGGCUUCUGAUUAACGUCACGGACACUAAUGAUAACGCACCAGUCAUGGACAAAAUGAUCUACCAUAGCGAAGUGAUGGAAGAAGAAGCUCCGCCCUUGACUGUGGUUCAAGUCAGUGCCAAAGACGCAGAUUCUGAUGAGAAUGGUCAAGUAACUUAUCGUCUCAGCAAUGAUUUUGAAGGAGCCUUUGAAAUCGAUUCAGACACUGGUGAGAUUUAUACCAACAUGCGUCUUGAUCGCGAGGAAGUAUCCCUCUUCGAGCUCACAGUUGAAGCUGUGGACCAAGGAAUGCCUCAACUCACGGGAAGUGCAACAGUUUUGGUCACAAUUUUGGAUAAGAAUGAUAAUCCUCCUCGAUUCACGCGACUCUUCAGUGUCAAUGUGACUGAGAAUGCAGAGAUUGGAUCUUUUGUGAUUAAGGUCACAUCCUCAGAUCUCGAUACUGGCAUCAAUGCAAAUGCUACUUAUAGCUUUACUGAGAAUCCAGGAAAUAAGUUCUCUAUUGAUGCCAUUUCGGGAAAUGUUACGGUAACUGGCCACUUAGAUCGAGAGCAACAGGAUGAAUAUCUCCUGAAAGUGGCAGCUGUGGACGGUGCUUGGCGUGCAGAGACUCCACUUACGAUCACAAUUCAGGAUCAGAAUGACAAUGCGCCGGAAUUUGAGCACAGCUAUUACAGCUUCAACUUUCCGGAGCUUCAGAGAGCGGUGGCUUUUGUAGGUCAAGUCACUGCCACGGACAGAGAUAAGCAAGGGCCGAAUUCAGUAAUCUCGUAUUCAUUGCAACAGCCUUCUGACUUGUUCAGUAUUGAUCCUGCAACUGGAGAUGUGUUCAGCAAGAGGACUAUCCAUUAUAGACACACGCAAAUGGAGGCUUCGCCUGAGAACAUGUACUCCCUUACGGUGCUCGCCACGGACAAUGGCAAACCGCCAAUGUAUUCAGAAUGCCUGGUGAACAUCAAUGUGGUGGAUGCCAAUAACAAUCCUCCGCGAUUCGAACAGAAUGAAUACUUGUCUCCAGUUCCUGAGGACGCUCAGAUUGGCCAGAGAGUGGUUCAAGUUACCGCCAGGGAUGAGUUAGACUUUGGCAUCAAUGCUGAAGUGGAUUAUGCAAUAAUUGGCGGAAAUGGCACGAAGAAUUUCGGCAUCAACAAGCAAAAUGGAUGGAUCACAGUGCUAAAGCCUUUGCAAAAUCUACUGAGCAGAGUUUUUGCCCUGCACAUCCGAGCAGUGGACAGAGGUGUUCCACCCCAGCAAGAUGAGACCACAGUCACAGUUGUAGUAACAGGGGAGAAUCGCUUUGCUCCCGUCUUCACGGCACUUAGUUACCAGGUGAUUGUGCCUGAGAAUGAACCCACGGGCUCCACAAUUCUCAUCGUGAGUGCCUCAGACAAUGACGACGGUCCCAACGGCAUGGUUCGCUACUCCAUCUCUGGAGGUAAUGAGCGUAAGGAGUUCGAUGUGCAUCCAACUUCUGGAGCUGUUACCAUUCUCCAGUCUCUGGACUAUGAUGUAGUGCAGGAAUACCAUCUAAAUAUAACCGCUGAAGACUUGGGUUUCAAGUCCAAGAGUGCUGUUGCAAUGCUCACAGUAACUCUAACGGAUAUCAAUGACAAUGCUCCAAUGUUCAACCAGACCGAGUAUCAUGCGCACCUCCCGGAAAAUUCCCCUCGCAAUAGUUUUGUCUACAGAGCCGCUGCCACAGAUCGGGAUUCACCAAAGAACGCCGUGAUUCUAUACACGAUUGUUGGCGGCAGUGGAAAGGACUUGUUCUUUAUUGAUCAAUCCCUGGGCAUUAUCAAAUCUAAAGCAAGCUUUGACUAUGAGGAAGAGAAUCUCUACACGUUGGACAUCAUGGCAGCUAAUCCAGAUUCACCAAUGUCGAACAGGGUAAAGGUGAUUGUCCACAUCACGGGAGUUAAUGAAUUCUACCCGAGAUUUAUCCAGCCAGUAUUUCACUUCGACGUCUCUGAGUCUGCAGAAGUUGGCACCAGUGUUGGAGUCAUUGAAGCUACGGACAAGGAUUCAGGAAACGAUGGAAAAGUGUACUACCUCUUGGUUGGCUCUAGCAAUGACAAAGGAUUUGGUAUUCAUCCCGAGACUGGAGUUAUGUAUGUGGCGAGAAAUCUCGAUCGGGAGACACAAAGUCGAGUUGUCCUUACAGUUAUGGCCAAGAAUUUUGGCGGUAUUCGUGGCAAUGACACAGAUGAGGCUCAAGUAAUUAUAUCGAUUCAGGAUGGCAAUGAUCCCCCGGAGUUUGUUGUGGCCACUUAUGAGGCUAAUGUGUCCGAAGGUGCUCAAAUUGGCACUAAAGUUGUCACUGUAAAGGCUGUUGAUAAGGAUAUUCGACCGCAGAAUAACCAAUUCAGCUACUCAAUCAUCGGUGGAAACAGCGAUCAGUCCUUCAAAGUUGAUCCCCAGACUGGUCAAAUUGAAACCUCUAGAAAAUUGGAUAGAGAAUCAACACCUGAAUACUCUCUUACAGUUGGCGCCAUUGAUACAGGAAUUCCACCACAAACUGGCACCGCGAUGGUUCACAUCUCCGUAAGUGAUAUUAACGACAAUGGGCCAAUCUUCGAUCCGGCUGACGUUGUUGGAUAUGUCACGGAAAAUGAACCUGCUGGAACAAGUGUGAUGACUCUAACUGCCACAGAUCCGGAUUUGCCACCAAAUGGCGCUCCAUUUACAUACUACCUCAUUGGUGGUCGUCACAAGUCCUUAGUGACUGUGGAAAAGCACAGCGGACUCAUGAAGACAGCAAGGAGUCUCGACAGAGAAGCCACUCCUGUCCUAGAUCUCAUUGUCGAGGUGGAGGACAACGGUAAGCCGAGGAUGAGAUCUCAACACGCAAUAACUGUGAAGGUAAGAGAUGAGAACGAUAGUCCUUCAACUCCUCGUGUUGUUCAUGUUCUCGUGCACGCCUUCAAUGGACGAAUCCCUGUGGGAAAAAUUGCUGAUGUUCAUCCAAAUGAUGCUGAUAUUGUUGGCGAUUAUAGGUGUAAAAUUCUCACUCAUAGCGCCUCCUCAGCUGCUCUCCAGAUUCCGAAUGGAUGUAAUUUGCACACAACGCCAAAGACUCAAAGCCAGGGCUACUCCUACUCAGUAUCCGGGAACGACGGUCGGCAUGCUGAUGUAGAAUCUAAAGUAAGUGUGGAGUUCCUCUUCUUCGACAACAUCACAGUUGAGAACUCCAUCACAGUGAGAAUAGAAAAUGGAUCUGCAUCGAAGUUUCUCGGGUCGGCUUACAGAUCAUUUUUGGAUCUUAUGAAGAGUGCGAUUGAUUCCGGAGAUGAACUGAAUCUCUAUUCUCUGCGCAACACAAACAGCAGUCUCGAGUUGACAAUAGCGGUGAAAAAUCAUUCAGGCUAUAGAUCACCAGCUUAUGUUAUUGAAAAGUUGAACAAGAAGCGUGACGCAAUGGUUCAAUUGUUGCAAACCUCAGAUAUUAUCAUUGGAUACACGCCCUGUGGUCAAAACACUUGUGACAAUGGCGGAGUGUGUUCGGAGAAGAUCUCUGUUAUAAAGGAUGAAACGAGAAUUACUGAUAGCCAAGCACUUAUCUUCACUUCGCCUCUUGUAAAUCACGAUUUCACUUGUCGCUGCGUUGAAGGCUACACCGGCGCGAGGUGUGACAAGAGACAGGAUCCCUGCUCACCCAAUCCUUGCCAAUCAGGUGGAGAGUGUCGUCGUCAAGGCUACGAUUUCCAGUGCCAUUGUCCAUCGCACAGGGAAGGAAAGUUUUGUCAACUGGAACGAGGCGAUGCGUGCUCCAGUAAUCCUUGUAAAAAUGGUGGAUCUUGCAGAGAAAGUCCUGACGGAUCGUCCUUCUUCUGUCUUUGCCGCCCUGGCUAUCGAGGCAAUAACUGUGAAACCAUUGCCGACUCAUGCAGACCGAAUCCCUGCUUACAUGGCGGUCUGUGUGUGAGCCUCAAGCCAGGAUAUAAGUGUAGCUGUGUUGAUGGUCGCUAUGGAAGGCACUGUGAGAGAGCAACGUUCGGAUUUAAGGAACUUUCUUACCUAGCCUUCCCUUCACUGAAUGCUGCUACUAAUGACAUUAGCAUAAUCUUCGCCACUACGAAGCCUGACGCACUUUUGGUGUACAACUAUGGUCAUCAGAGUGGAGGACGAUCAGAUUUUGUGGCCAUGGAGAUUGUCAAGGGAAAGGCAGUGUUUUCCUUCGGCGGCGCUAGGACAGCCAUCACAUCGGUGGUCGUGGGAGGACCUCAUGGCACUCUGUCCAAUGGAAAGUGGCACAAAGUUACCGCUACAAGAAAUGAAAAGGUCAUGUCCCUGAGUGUGUCCAAGUGUGAUGAAAACGGAGAUGUCUGCGAUGAAUGUCGUCCAGGAGAUGCCACUUGCUACUCUGAUGAUAUUGGCCCGACUGGAACGCUCAACUUCAACAAACAACCUUUGCUGAUCGGAGGACUAAUGUCUGCUGAUCCAGUGCUCGAGCGUCCUGGUCAAGUGCAUUCUGACGAUCUCAUUGGAUGCGUCCACAGUGUCUCAAUAAACGGCCGACCUCUGAACCUCACCAGUCCCAUCAAAUCCCGAGGAGUUGUACCGACAUGCAGCAGAACCACCGGCGGUCCUUGUUCACGAGGUCUUCCUGGUGAUCCCAGUCUUCCUCUCUGCGGCUCAUUCGGCACUUGCAUGGAUCGCUGGCAUACAGCAAUGUGUCGCUGUGGCGGAGAUCUUCUCUCACCUGACUGCUACCAAUCCUUAGAUCCCAUCUCACUAAGUGAAGGUGGCUUCAUUGAAUUCCAAAUCUCCGAAAAACAUCGACGAAUGCAAUUGCUCGAAAACCUCUAUAGUGGAGCAUCAAUGUGGAACUAUGAAGUCUCAAGGGAGAAGAGAUUCACCAAUAACAUCACAACACUAGCUCUCACCGAAGACCCUCCUAAAUCUAUGAGUAUUCUGUUCAGGACACUUCGUCCCAAUGGAUUGAUACUCUUCGCAGCCACGAACAAACACUUUACAUCUGUGGAGCUGAGGAAUCGACGACUUGUGUACAGUUCUCAGCAGAGUUCCCCAGUUAACAUGACUGAUCAGCAUCAUGACAAUCUAGCCGAUGGAAAAUGGCACAAUGUAACCCUGUACACCUUCAGUCGUGUACUUCAUGUUCUGGUGGAUGGAAAACUGAUUGGGGAUGAACUAGACUCGGUUGGUGUUCAUGAUUUCCUAGAUCCAUAUCUCACAGUGCUCUCAGUGGGUGGAGUGAGACGAGAACUGGUGACUCUAGAGAUCGUGCCACCACCUUUCGAGGGCUGCUUCUCCAACUUCACCAUUAACAAUGAGAUUCAGCCAUUCAAUGGAUCUGGAAGUGUAUUUCCCGAUGUGCAAACACGUGGCAAAGUGUAUCAAGGAUGUCAUGGAUUGAUUGGCUUGGGAUCUGCUCAGGUCACAGAUCCACUCAGUAUCGGCAUAACGCUGGUUAUUGUGUUCUUUGUCAUUCUUCUCGUGGCGAUCUUUGCCUCAUUCAUUGUCUUUAGACUGAGGAAGCAGCAGAAGGAGAAAAGUGGCGGCCCUGGUGGACCUAGUGGACUUCACAGCAAGCAGAAUGGAGGGCCCACACUUCUAGGAAGUGGCGGAAUGUCCUCAGCAGCUGAUUGCGUGAUGGGCAGAGGUCUUCAUGGCGGAGAUUCCACUGUGGGCUUCCAUACAGACAAUGGCGAUUUGAUUCGAGGUGUAGCAGGACAUCAUCUUGUUGCGCCAGAACUCAUUUCGAAGAAGUACAAGGAACGUGAAAUCUCUGCCGGGGAUCACCAGAGGCCUCAGCGUCCGGACAUCAUUGAGCGCGAGGUGGUGAGCAAGAGCCCGCCACUGAGGGAAGAACACCACCCACCAAUUCCACCUCCUAGUCAGCAUCACCCUCAUGAUCAUCCGGGAGGAGUGGACUUGGGGUCUGAGUUCCCUGAACACUAUGACCUCGAGAAUGCCAGUUCCAUUGCGCCAUCCGACAUCGAUAUUGUUUACCACUACAAGGGAUAUCGCGAAGCGGGUGGGGUGAGGAAGUAUAAAGCUACACCGCCACCUGUGGCGUCCUAUACCCACCAUAAGCAUCAAGCGGCUGCCCAGCAGCAGCACAGGCACUCACCUCAUCAUGCUGGACCGUAUGCGCCCAGAGUGCCGCCAACAGCCAGUGCUCCGCCAUCGAGCACUCCUCGCCAGCACCAGUCCACGCCGCUGGCCAGACUGUCGCCCAGUUCAGAACUGAGCUCGCAACAGCCUAGAAUUCUCACGUUGCAUGACAUCUCGGGGAAACCCUUGCAGAGCGCCCUGCUGGCCACCACGUCGAGUUCCGGCGGCGUGGGAAAGGACGCUCUGCACAGCAACAGUGAGCGCAGUCUCAACAGUCCUGUGAUGUCACAGCUGUCCGGCCAGAGCUCAAGUGCUAGUCGCAAGAACCCGGGGCCUCCACCUCAAGCGCCCAAUGUCACCGCCGUGGGCAGCCUUACGGCCGAAGAGAUUGAGCGACUCAAUGUGCGACCGCGCACGAGUAGCCUGGUCUCCACUUUGGAUGCCGUGAGUAGCAGCAGUGAAGCACCCCGAGUACCCGGAGCGGGUCACCAUCUGGCCCAUUUACAUCACUCUCCCGUCGUGGAUACGCACAGCUCCACAUCGACGGACGAGAGUGGCAACGACAGUUUCACGUGCUCGGAAAUUGAGUACGAUAACAAUAGCCUCAGCGGAGACAAAUACACCAAACCUGGGGACGAUGACGAUCGGCGUGGCAAUGAAAGUGGAACAGGUUCGGGAAAGCCGCCCAUACCUCCACCCUCAUACGAUGGGUUUGACUCAUCCUUCCGAGGUUCCCUGAGCACCCUUGUGGCCUCUGAUGAUGACCUAUCCACGCAUAUGGGCGGAAUCUACCGGCAGCCUAACGGAGCUUCACCGAGUGCCACCACAGCCCUCGGAUGGGACUAUCUACUGAACUGGGGACCGAACUUUGAGAGCCUUAUGGGUGUGUUUAAAGACAUCGCUGAGUUGCCGGACAGCGUGAAUGGGCAUGUGCAGCCCCUCAGACUGCCCAGCAGCAUGCAGAAGCCAUCCGAAGAGUACGUCUGACGUCUGAGGCACCAUCCCAAAUAACACAGUCAAGAACCAUCUUAGGUGUACAUAGCUUAGCGCAAACAAUCAAUUUUCUCCCCAAUUGGGGAUCGUUCUAGUAAUGUCAGGUAGCCACAUAAAGUAUAUAAUGUCCUUAAGCAAUAAACUGUGUGUGAAUGGUAAAAAUUACGCGUGAGAGUGCAAAACGGUGCAGCCUUGUAUCAAGGUUCUUCAUCAAUCAAAUACCCUGAGUGCUAUAUAAAUUAAUGUUCAGUAAUGAGAGUUGCUAGCAUAGAUCUUAAAAAAACUUAUCGUUAAAUACAAUUGAUGUCUUCUUGCCAUAAUAUGGAAGUUUAUAUAUA